GAUUCAACAUGUCGAAUCAGCCGAAAAAAAGCCAACGAGGACCAACUUCAGCCGACCGUGUGGAACACACCGAGAAAACUGCCCGACGGCCGACCGUCAGCUUGAUGUGUUCCUGCCUUUAUAAGUAACACUGGAGCAGUGAUUAAAGUUAAUUAGGUAAUUAAGUGAUUGAGUGAUGAUUGAGCAUUAUUGAAGAUACCUGAUGAUAACAAGCAGAAACACUGAAGAAAAGAGAAACACAAGAACUACAAUUAAAUUCAGUCACAGCCUUAGAUGAAAUCAACUGAAGAUAAAAGACAUUAAAUAAGUCAGUGAUGAGCUGAGAAACACUGAUGUUAUGCUGCUUGUUGCUUUAUUUAAAGGCAGUAACUGUGGAGUUGCUGAUGUAUUCAAGUCAAGUCACGUUUAUUUAUAUAGUGCUUUUUACAAUGCAGAUUGUGUCAAAGCAGCUUUACAGUGAUACCUGGUAUACAAAUUUGGCUGCACAGCAGCUCUUAAAGAAAAUGGUGUCAGUAUCCAUCUUAAGUAAAUUCAGUGUUGUUUCAUUCCGAUGUAAGAAUCAAUAGUUAUUAAUUUAGUUAAUUUAUCUAUAUCAGCACUGGAGUAAACAGUAAUGUCAUCAUCCAGCUCAGUUCGCAUACAAUGGUGUCAAUGCAGGCAGAUCAAAACACUGUUGAAUAUCAAAUGUCAAGUGUCCCCAACUAAGCAAGCCAAAGGAUGACAGCGGCAAGGAACCCAAACUCCAUCAGGUGACAUCAGGUGGCAAACAGGUGAUUAACAUGAAUUAACAGGCUUGGAAAACUGGAUAAUAGACCAGGUAAACCUAGGUAAGGGUCAAGUUGGAAUAACCACAUUUGGUGCCAUGACCCGGAUGGAAGUGAGGUUUAAUAGACGUAGGCCAGUAAGAGCUGUGCAUGUAAACCUCACUCCCCGAUCUCAAGAGGCACUCUAGCGACUAAUGCUAGAGGCUGCGGCCUUUACCUAUGUGUUUCAUAUAUGUCAUAUAUGUUUCAUAUAAGGCAAUAUAUUAUUAGCACAUAUAUAUAUAUAUACAUCCUCAUGAUAUAUUAAGAUAUAGGUUUAUACCAUGUAUGAAAUACAUCACUGACCACGUCAUAAUAUAUUUAAAAAAUCCAGGCAUAACAAAUUUAAUGAUACAAUGAUUUAAUGAUACAAUUAAGAUAUAAUCAAAUUUGUUCUCAUUUACCCUUGUUAUGGGUCAAUAUUAAUUCACUUUGAAUUUUCUUCCAGCAGUUCUCUAAAGCUUUCAAAUGUGUUUAAAUUAUUUUUACCAUUUGGUUAUUAUCUCUUAAUCUUCAGCAGAGAAGUAUCACUCUGCAACUCUUCACGUGUCACACUAUUGGCUGCUCUCUGCAAACGUCACAUUUUGAUGUGCAAGUGCUUAAUAAUUUAUAGUCUGAGGAUCAAAGCCUGAGUGGACCUGGACAUUUUAAAACCAAGUGUUAAUAUUUUCUUAUAGAUUCCACUUCUGACGGUUCUUGUGUAAGACUGCGCUUGUGUAAAUUCUUUUCGUUUUGUUAUGUGCACAUCGUGGACCAGGCCUUGGACACACUUAUACACUCACAAGCAAAUGGGAACUCAAGACAAGCACAUACAUUUGAACAUUUAACUACUCGUUAUUAUAUUUCUUAAUAUACUAUAUAUGGUAAGGUUUGACCUCUGAGUACUAUGAUUGGAUGGUCUGGACAUCGUGGAUGAUUCUGCUUGAUCUUGUGUAUAAAUAUAACCCUUCUUCCUUAAUAAUCUUGAGAAUGUUAUGGUCUCUGUGUCUGCUUCAUCAUUCUCCCGAGAUCUCGCCGCUGCUGCCACACAUCACGGAGUUUGAGACGUCUGUUUGCAACUGAUGACUGAAAGAUUUGAGAUCUGCAGAUACUCUACUUGAAAAUUAAUUCUCCUGACUACAGACUGCAACCUGUCAUGGAGAUUCAUCAGUCUGCUGUGAUUCUGCUGCUGAUCUUGAGUGUUUCAUCCUUCACUCAUGGACAACCAGACAAUAUAAAGCCCCGCUAUAUAAAAUUCCUCAAUCAGCAUUUCGGUCCUGAUAUGACUGAGCAGAAGUGUACCAGUGAAAUCAGACAGAGAGAUAUCACUGGAAAUGAUGAUGGCUGCAAACCUGUCAACACCUUCAUACAAGCGAAUUCAAAUGAUAUCAGAGCAGUUUGUGGCACAGGAGGAACUCCACAGGGAGGGGACCUGUUUAAGAGCAACCAGCCUUUUCCGGUGAUCACAUGCAAUUUACAAAGUGGGCAGAGACCCCCAAGAUGUGAAUAUGGUAAAGGGAAGAAGUCCACUCGUUACAUUGUGUUGGGGUGUGCAGAAGGCUGGCCUGUACAUUAUGAAGAAGGCAUACCUGAUACAAAGAAGACAGGCUGAAAAGAGCCUCAUGGAGCUUUAAUGUUAAAAAUAUUUUUUUUAAGUUAAUUUUCUGCACUUCUUCAUGCAUGUCUCUGUGUGUAAUCGUUCUUAUGUGCACAAUUCAGCUAGUCUAAUGAACCUUUAAUCACUCUGUUAACACUUUUUGAGCAUUUUAAUGAAAGUAGUGAAUGAGCGAGAACAGAUGAGGGAAGAAAGAUGCAGAUGUUUUUUCUACCUAUCUGUAAUCUUCAAUAAAACUUCUCUACUACCCAUAAA